GGUUCGAGAACGACGACAGAGGGAUUCGAUUCCUCCCCCGCGCGCGAUCCGCGAUGCGCUGCCGUGCACGACGCCGCGCGCCGGCGAGUGGCUCGCUGGUGGCGAACCACCGCCUUAUCCUCUCGCGCGCCUUAUUCGCCCCCAAUCUCUCUCUCUUCCCCGCCGCAGGCAGAGGAUCGACCGUCGAUGCUGAGGCGAGCCAUGGCGCUGGUGCUGGCGUUCGCUGCGGCUGCCAUGUGGGCCCCGCCGCGCCCCUCGUGCGCCGCCGCCACCGCCCGCGGGGCGCACGUGACGAGGCAGGUGGGGGGGCGCGAGCGCGACCGCUUGAAGAAGGCCCCCGUGGGGAUAGGAACGGGGCCUAGCUUCCACUCAUCCAGGUCCACGCCCAGUUCCAGCAGUUUCCGCAGGGACGCCACCGGAGCCCGAAUGGCCGCCGCCGCCGCCGCCGCCGAAGACCUCAGGUCGGAGUACCUCCAGGUCCUGCUCAGUCGCCGCCGCGACCUCCAAGUGCCUCUGUCCGUGGAGCAAGGGAGCCCGGUGAAGGAGCCGCUGUACCAAGGGAACGGGCCUCUGGGGUCCAGGGAGGUCAUGGAGUCAUGCCCGAGGAAGGAGGUGGAGAACUUCGAGGAGAAGCUGGUCGAAGAGAAUUUCUACCUGAUUACCGAGUCAGGUGAACAGGGACGUGUACCUGUACUUCUACUAAGUCUUAAUGACACUGCUCCUAAAAGAAAGCCAGUUAUUGUAUUAUUGCACAGCUCUUACAAAUGCAAAGAAUGGUUGCGUCCGCUGCUUGAGGCAUAUGCCUCAAGGGGUUAUAUUUCUGUUGCCAUCGAUUCUCGCUAUCACGGUGAAAGGGCCAGCCACAAGACUACUUACAUUGAUGCACUGAAAUCAUCUUGGAAGAACGGGGAUACAAUGCCUUUUAUUUUUGACACGGUGUGGGAUUUGAUAAAGCUGGGAGAUCAUCUCGCUGCAAGGGAGGACGUCGAUCCCUCUAGGAUUGGGAUUACUGGCGAGUCACUUGGAGGAAUGCACGCAUGGUUUGCUGCUUUUGUGGAUACACGGUACAGUGUUGUUGUUCCAAUAAUUGGUGUUCAGGGAUUUCGAUGGGCAAUAGAUAAUAACAUGUGGCAAGCUCGAGUUAAUAGCAUUAAGCCUUUAUUUGAAGAAGCAAGAAUUGAUUUAGGGAAGAGCGAAAUAGAUGCAGAGGUUGUGGAAAAGGUUUGGGAGAAGAUAGCACCUGGUAUGGCUUCACAAUUUGACGCGCUCUACACUGUUCCUCUGAUUGUGCCACGUCCGCUCCUCCUACUAAAUGGUGCUGAAGACCCUCGUUGCCCAAUCCUUGGUUUACAAGAGCCUGCCUCUAAAACUUCUAAGGCUUAUGGAGAAGCUGGUUCCUCUGAGAAGUUCAUGUUCAUUGCAGAGGCAGGAGUUGGCCACAAGAUGACAGAAACCAUGGUGAAGGAAGCAAGCGAUUGGUUUGAUCGCUUCCUGUAGUUUGGCCGGGGGUUUCUUUGAUGAAUAUGUCCACCUAAUAAUGUCAGUUCACCCUGUACCCCAAUAAAUUAUCCUCGUUUUGGAUCGCGUUCUGCCGAAUAAGACUGAAAUUAGUUAGCCACUUUCAUAGUCACACCUGAUUUGCAUCCCAAUCAACUGUGAAUUACAGUACUACAGGUACAUAAUGUACUUCAGUUUUAAAAAUUUACAAAAUACGUGUGUUGGCAAAAUAAAGUUCUAUUAGGGUAUCUGA